ACUAAACAAACAAAGCUCCAAUAAAACAGCAGAGGAAGCAGUGUUUUUCUCUUGUUUGUGGAAGAAAGAAGAGAAGAGAGAUAUAGGAAGUUUCUGGUUUUAUCUCUCAUUUUUUUGGGGGUUUUUUCGCUGUAUUUUUUUUUCGUUUUCUAUAUAGAAAAUAAGACAUGCAUAGCCAUUUGAUCGAAUUACAGUUUAGGCUAUUUGGGGAUUGGGGUUUUUGUUCGUACGUUUGAUGGAGCGGGACCCAGAGUCCGAUCCACAUCCGGAAUGGACUGCUCCGGGACCCAGAACGGGGCUCGAAGAGCCGAUUCGGCAGUUGGGAUUAGAGGGCGGGUCGGAAUCAUACCCGGAGAGACUCGACGAAGCUGAUUGUAUUUACUAUUUGAGGACUGGGUUUUGUGGCUAUGGUUCUAAGUGUCGGUUCAAUCAUCCGCGUGAUCGUGUUGGGGUUAUGGGAGCUGGAAGUGGCGGUGCUGGAGAGUAUCCGGAGAGAGCAGGCCAGCCAGUUUGUCAGUAUUUUAUGAGGACUGGGGCAUGCAAAUUUGGUGCUUCCUGUAAAUAUCAUCAUCCCGCGCUGGGAGGCAGCUCUGUGCCACUGAAUUAUUUUGGAUAUCCAUUACGCUCGGGUGAAAAGGAGUGCUCUUACUAUGUGAAGACGGGGCAGUGUAAAUUUGGUGUAACAUGUAAAUUCCAUCAUUCCGCACCGCCGGCUAUGCAGGUUCCAGCACCAUCUCCAGCUCCACAAGUUGUACCUGUGCCUACACCAGUUCCUGCUCCAACUGUGUUUUCCAUGGUGCAGUCACCAUCUGGUCCUUCCUCUCAACAAUAUGGAGCUGUAAUGGUGAGGCCUCCCAUGAUGCCAGGCUCGUAUGUGCAAGGCCCAUAUGGUCUUUUGCUGCUGUCCCCAGGUGUUCCAAGUUGGAAUCCAUAUCCGGUACCUGUCAAUCCUGGUACUCACCUCCCUGCUCGAUCAAGCUCAACUUUUUGGGAAACACCGUUAUCUCCUUCAGCACAUGCCUAUACUGGAUCUUAUCAAUUUGUGCCAUCCAGUUUUGGGCCUCCAAAUGGUAUUCAGGAGGAUGAGUCUUUUCCUGAGAGACCUGGCCAACCAGAAUGCCAGUAUUAUAUGAAAACUGGUCGUUGUAAAUAUGGAUCCUCCUGUAGAUAUCAUCAUCCACCAGAAGUGUUUGCACCAAAAAAAGAUGUCAUCCUCAGCCCUCUUGGUCUUCCGCUUCGUCCCGGUGCACCACCUUGCACUCACUAUUCACAGCGUGGAGUGUGCAAGUUUGGAGCCACUUGCAGGUUCGAUCAUCCUAUGGGAAUGUUAAGUUACAGUCCGUCUGCGUCUUCUCUUGCUGAUAUGCCUGUUGCACCCUCUCCUGUUGGAUCUACAAUAGGCUCUGUAGCUCCUCCAUCCUUGUCGUUGGAUUCACGACCCAAAGUUCAUUCAGGGCAUAGCGAGGACCCUGCUGCAGCCAUAAUGUCAUCGUUGGUGAGCUCUUCCAGUGAACCGGUCACCUCGGUUUCCUCCAAAGGUGCACCUGAUCUUCAGUCAAGCACACGACAGUCUAGUUGGAGUUCUGCCCCUUCUACUGGCAGUGACAGCAACGAAGAGAGUGAACCUCCCACUUCCAGUUAAGAGAGGAGCAACCACCUCAAUCCGGCUUUCUCGAUCGAGGUCAUGAACCAAAACAUUAUAUAUAUUUUUUUGAAGGUCUUCA